AGAAUGAGAUAACAAGUAAAUUAAACCAAGAUUAAAAUUAAUCUACGUUGGUAGAAAUAAACCUAAGUAAGAUGCACCGUAGAUUUAUUAAGCUUUGUACACACGUGAUACGUAAACGAGCUUUCGGGUGUUCCUGGCUUAACACUUGGCAAUCGAGAGUAUUCGAGUGGUUCCUCUUGGAAAAACUUUGGCAGAUAGGAAAAUAUAAUUCUUGGACGUAAUCGACGUAUUCUGAUUCGGAAAUCCAACAGGGAUUUCUCAAGAAGAAGAAGAAAACGUAUUCUGACGCGGUGACAGGGGCUUCUUGUGAAAGAAUGUCGCAUCAAACAGGAAUCAAAGCUAAUGAUGCAUUGAAAAAAUUGUUUGCGAAAUGCCGUGACGGAAAAAUACGAGUACUAAAGAUUUCGAUAGAGAAUGAGGAAUUGACUCCAGCAACUAGUUUGAAGCCAAUUAACAAAUGGCAAGAUGAUUAUGAUAAAAUGAUCAAACCACUGAUUGUGGAGAAUCAGCCAGCAUAUAUCCUUUAUAGAUUGGACACAAAAUCAUCAGAUUCUGGCUACGAUUGGUUAUUUAUAUCCUGGUCUCCCGAUACAGCACCAGUGCGACAGAAAAUGCUUUACGCUUCUACUAAGGCUACACUGAAGCAGGAAUUUGGUACAGCAUCAAUAAAAGAAGAAUUACAUGGGACUGUUCCAGAAGAUAUUACAUUAGAUGGCUAUUACAAGCACAAGAGAAAUGAUACAGCACCUGUACCCUUGACAACAGCAGAGGAAGAAUUAGCUGAAUUGAAAAAGACUACUGCGACUACUGACUAUAGCAUUGAAACGAGACAUCAGACAUUGAGUGGCGUGGCUUUCCCAGUAACAGAUGAAGCUAAGCAAGCCAUUACCGAAUUGGGUAAAGGAAUUCAUGAAUACAUCCAAUUGAAAAUUGAAUUGGAAGAAGAAAAGAUACAUUUAGUCACAGCUUGCGAUGUUUCAUUGGAUAAAUUACCUACUAAAGUUCCAUCUGAUGCUGCUAGAUAUCAUCUUUAUAAUUUCAAACAUACUCAUGAAGGUGAUUACACAGAAAGCAUAGUUUUUAUAUAUAGCAUGCCAGGAUAUAGUUGCAGUAUUAAAGAAAGAAUGUUAUAUUCCUCGUGUAAAGCACCUCUACUUGACCUAAUCCAUUCUUUAGGAGUAACCAUAACAAAAAAGCUUGAAAUAGCUGCUGGAGAGGAACUUACCGAAGAAUUUUUUCAAGAGGAGUUACAUCCAAAAAUCAGUUUACAUCAGCCGAAAUUCGCUAAACCCAAAGGCCCACCAAACAGAGGUGCUAAGCGUAUAACCAAGAUUCAAGAGUUAGCAUCUUCCAGACAAGAAAAUUAAAAAAAAAAAAACAUUACGAGGUCACGAAUAACGUCAAAAUAAAACCAAGGCGGGGGAGUAACUUUUCAAUAUAUUUUUGUGCACUUUUAUUACGAAAUAUACAUGAAUCUUAUCUUUCAUUUUAAUUAUGAAAAAGAGAUUAAUUAAAGAUAUUUAUUUGGCCUAUUCUGUAAAUAUACACAUAUAUACUUGAAGUAAUUAUUUAUUUUGUUUGAUUGUUAGAUAUAAAAGAUUCAUAUCAAA